AUGACUUGGGCAGCGAAAUUUCUGCAAAUAAGUGAUCAAAUUUCCGACGGAAGACUUCUUAUGCUGCAAAAGGUGCACGCAAUCGUGAAAAUAAUAGGAAAAGAAGGCAGUUGGAAAAGUCAGAAAGCACGCGAAAAAUGCGUGCAGAGACAGAAAUCUGUUGAGAGGCAACAGUUUUUGCAAGCUUCUCAAGUGCGACGCAGUGAUGAAAGGCGCAGUCGUGGCAUCAGUCUCCGUGACGAAUAUUCUUCUUGCAUUGCUGACACUGUUGGCGCUACUAGUAAUGAUUUACUCGCAAGUUCGGACGCUCCAUCGCAACUAAAUCGUGUAGACACAUCCGUGAAUCGAGAUAACUCGCCAAGACUUGAUCUCAAAACAAUGUGGCAUCCGAUGUUGAAAAGUACUGGUAAGCUACAAGAAAUUGAAAAUCCUCGAACGUAUCUCAACGAAGUACUUGCAAAGCAUCAGCGAAGAACUGCGAAAUAUCAUGCAAAGCGGAACUCUAUUCUAUCAAAAUCAUCUGCAUUGCAUUCAGAAUCUGUUCAACAGCACUCCACGGCAACUGUGAGUGAUGCGUCUGAACUGCCUUCCGUGUCACAUGCAAAUUCAGCAUCAGCACAGCAGCAUUCAAACUCAAAUAUCGAGGUUUCAGAACCAGCCACACUAUAUUCAGAAUCAAUUCAAUAUCGCGCGGAACCAGUCAUUCAACAUUCGGAACGUGUCACACAUAAUUCGGUAACAAUGCCACAUUUCCCGCAAUCAGUUGCGUCUCAUUCAAAAUCAGUCUCAUACAAUCCAGAGUCAAAUUUACACGAUUUAGAUUCAAUGCCCCAUUAUUCA